GUAUAGCGUAUUAGGAUUCUCCAUGGAUUCAUAGCGUAAGCGCACAAAAAUACAGAGAUUAAAGCAUUUUACUAGUAAUCUAUUUCUAUUCACCCUUUUUUAGUGUAUUAUUUCAUAUGCUCAGAUACGAAUGCUGAGAAAUCGAUCUAUUACUGGUUAUUCGGUUGGCAUAGCAUGGCUCACCUCUGUGCGAUAUAGAGCAUCUUAUUUUUACAUUUCUAACCGCAAGCGUGUGGAGAUGUUUAUGGGGAAACGCUUUCAUCUCCCAACGCGUCUGCGCACAGCUGCGCCGGAUAUCGCGUCAGAGUGGAAUUAUGAAAAGAAUCCCAUGCAUAUUUACCCUGAAAUUAUCGGUAUUGGGUAUGUGAUGUCAGUAUGGUGGAAAUGCUCGAAAUGCGGACAUGUUUAUGAAAUGAGCGUGGAGAAGCGCGUGGUGCGCGGUGGAGGCUGCGAAAUUUGCGCGGUUGGCCUACUUAAAGAGGAUAAAGAAAAGAAAGAGUCGCAAAAGGAUAGGGAAAGCUUAGAGGAUAGUGUUUUCCAUGAGGUCGGAAAUGAAGGGGAUCCUUUGCCGGGAGAAGCAAACACUGCUCUUCGACCGAAGCGCCCUGCUAUGCUCAACAUUCGUACAAAAUACUAGGAGUCAACGUACAAAAGAUAGAACGUAUGUUUUCUUUUCUAUUUUUGCUCUCUGUUUAUCAGAAAACAUUUCUUCAAGGAGAUGUUUUAUUUCGACGGCUCAUAAAUUUAAAAAAAA